GAAUGACCACUGUUUAUGUUUGUGUUUACAGUCGAUUUGGGAAUAAGCAUCUCCAAGGAUAAUGCAGCUGCUUCUUCCCCCAAGACAAUGGAGGCCCAAGCUGUGGCCGAUGCCAGCGGAAAGAAUCUUGGGAGAGAAGCCAAGCCCGCCGCACCAGCUGCUAGAUCGCGUUUUUUCUUGACACUCUCUCGGCCUGUACCAGGACGUCCCGGGGACCAAGGCACGGAUUCAUCGGCUGCAUCGGGCAGGCUUGAUGUCAGCCCCGGCACAGCGCCUGUGAACAAAGACCCAAGUGAGCACGGAGCACUUCCGGUGGCAGCUGCACCCGGGCCGGCUGCGGAUAAAAGGCCAGGGUGCACUGAGGCCAAGCAGCAGGCCUUUCCUGCCACCUGCCUGCCCGCACCUUCACCACCUGAGUCCCAGGCAGAAAGCCCCUCCAAGCCCAAAGACUUCGGUUUUUUCGACCGAUUGUUUAAACUGGACAGGGGAAGAGAAAGUAUCCCAGUCGACAGCCAGCCUGAAGAAGCCAAGGAGGUGAGGGACCAAAACCAGGCCGCGGAGACUCCUGCUUUGCCCGGGAAUCCCCAUGGUGUCCUUGCUGGGGAGGACAUAGUUGUCGGUGAGGGGAGAGGACGCGAAGUUGACACUCCGAGUUACUCUGUCUCUGGGGAUCCAGAGGCGCUGGGGACCAAGAAGGAGGACCCCCAGGAGGCAGAAACCAUAGAGAAUAUCAACUCCAUUAUGAGCUUCUUCAAGACCCUUGUUUCGCCUAACAAAACAGAGACCAGAAGGGACCCAGAAGACACGAAGGCAACCAAGGCAGACAGUGUCUGCGAUGGACACGCUGGCCAGAAGACAUUGGAGACGCAGGCUAAGAGCAAGAAGAAACGCCUGGACAGCCCCAGGCUAGCACUGGCCUUUAGAAAGUUCUUUAGGCAUAAGGAUAAUGAAAAUGCACCCACUACUUCAGCCAGUCUCACGUCAGAGAAAGCCAACUUCACACCCCAGGAGACCCAAGGGGCGACCAAGAGUUCAAAAGGCUGCAGCCCACCAAGUCACGUGUCAUCUGCGACAGCCAGCGACACAAUAAAAGAAGGUAGCAAGGAGAAGUCAGGGCCCACCUCGCUGCCUCUGGGAAAGCUCUUUUGGAAGAAGUCAGUUAAAGAGGAUUCACUCUCCACAGGUGCAGAGGAGAAUGCAGUGUGUGAGCCACCGGUAGAGACUGUAAGGCUUGAAGAAGUAGAGUCCACCUUACAAACCGUGCAUCUCAAUGAAGAAGAGGCCCAGCCCGAACCCACAGAUGUAAAGGUUAAAGAAGAAAACAAACCCCGGAGGACCCCUCUGAUGGCGUUUCUCAGACAGAUGUCAGUGAAAGGGGAUGGAGGGAUCACCCGCUCGGAAGAAAGUGCUGGGAAAGACUCCAGUUGCCAAACAUCAAACUCCACAGAGAAGACGCCCUCGCCCCCGGAACCAGAGCCUGUGGGAACAGCCCAGAAAAGCAAGGAGAACUCCUCAAAGGACAAGAAGUCAGUGGACAAGAAGUCAGUGGCCGAGACCAACAAGCAGAAGAACAGCAAACAGGAAGCCAGAGAACCUGCACAGUGUGUGCAACCUCCUGUGGUGGAGGCCAACGCACUGCAGAAUGGGGACAAGACCCCAAAGAAGUCCGAGAAGCGGCGACAGUCCCUCGGGGGCUUUCUGAAGGGGCUGGGACCAAAGCGGAUGUUGGAUGCUCAAGUGCAGACAGACCCUGUAUCCAUCGGACCAGUUGGAAAAUCCAAGUAAACAAAUCACUCCAUUCUCACCGGGUCCUCUUCCCACUCCACCUCACGUCCAGACUCACUCUGUGUAUAUAUCUGUUUUUCUCCUGGCCACAACUUCAACCUGAAUUGUAGAUCGAGGUGUAUUAUUUACGUCUCUGGUCUGGUCUUUCCUGGCAAUGUAGCUAUAAAGAUGGGUUAGCAGGUUAACUAGGUAGUUCAGGAGAGCUGGUGAGCGCCAGGCGUGGGGUGGAGGAGGUAGAUAAAGGCAUCUGUGCUAGGUGAUGAAAAUAGCAGUAACCAGUGAGUAAAGGAAAAAUGCAGAAAUGAGAAAAAGAAUAUUUUGCAUUAUAGUAACUGCUGACUCGUCCCCUAAGCGUCAAAGGGGAAGGGAAGAUCCGUUUGUUUCGAUUCACACUGGGAGGAAGGAGGACUCUAGGCAGGCUCUGCCUUGGGCAUCUGCCAGUUUUCUGGAAUGGACCAUGUGGGGAGUGAAGAGGAAUGGGUAAGAGUUGGUUUUCAAAUAGGGUCCUUGAAAGUUAUCGGUGAAGGGAAGUGAUUAACUGGAGAGGGAUUGCAAUGAUUUGGGGGAACAAUUAUUUCUGAAGUGUAGGGACAAGGGCAUGGGAUUACCAACUCCAAAAGAAAACCCAAGAGUAGAAGGAAAUUAAGUUGCAGGUUUGUUUUGCCACACAAAGGGGCGCCAAGACCUCCACUUUUCCCUUUGCAGCUGGUACCCCUAACAAAGACUGUCUGCAAUAUUUCGUUAUUAAUGUUUCUCAGAUGGUGGAGGGGCUUGCUUCAUCUUUUCCAUCUGACGCUUAUCUCACGCCUGUCUGUAAUUUCCUAAUGUGUUCAGGAUGUUCUCUGAUUAAAAAACCUUCCCCUAACCUGGUUAAUAAAAAUUUACAGAAGA